CUUCACCCUCUUAUGACAUGGUUGAAAAAGAAAUCACUGACCCAGUCUCUUUGUUCCUAUGUAGCCUCAUUGGGGACGGGACGUCGGCUUUUUAUUUAAGUUUUUUUUUAAUACCUAUUAUAUAUUAAAUUAUUAACCGGUUUUGGAUGUAAAAAAAAAUCCAAUUUGGAGACAAAGAGAAAAAAUCAGGGGGGAAAAUCUAGGAGGAAAGGCUUUUUACCCUUGAUUCUGUUUUUUUUCUCUCUUUUUUAUUUGUAGCCUCCCUGACACAAAAUUUUCCGUUUCGAUCUAAACAAAAACAACACAAAACACGCGAGUUUUGUUCUUUACAGUUUUUUUGUUUGUUUUGUGAUCUAAAGAAAAAAAAAAGAAAGUCCGCUGUUUGGUGGGGAAAGAGAAAGAGGAACACGGCGGCCGCCUCGUCCGACGGCUGUUUUCGCCGAUUCGGAUACUCAAUAUAAGCAUUCUGCAAGAAUAGAAAACCAUAAAAGUUUAAAAUAUUACAAAAUAAUAAUAAUAAUUUUGUUUUGAAAUUGGGAAAAGAAGGGAAAAAAAAAAACAACAAAUAGCGAAUCUAUUCUGAAUGCGAUGGACAACUGGGGAUGGAAUGGCGCCUACUCCGUGAGGCAGAUGAUGGACCCCAGCGUAUCAGGGCAAGACAGCUAUUACAACAGUGGUACGCAUUAUUUCCAACAGUCUCGCCAGUAUGAGACGUUCGGGUCCAACGUCAUGCCUCCACCUGGUUUCGCCGGCCAGGGAAGCAUCAACCAGAGCAACGAGGGGUUUUACGACUGUCACAAUGAUUACAACCAGUAUGGUCAAUACCAGGGGAACUAUUUGCCGACUAUGGUUUAUUCGAGCAGCAGCGUGCCGAACAGUAAUAGCCAAUGGUAUGAUGGCAACUUCAUGAACAAUUAUAGUAGCGAUGGAAGGGGUUUCACUAGGGCACAGACAUCUGGCACAGAAACCAGGGAGAUCGGCGCGCCGUGGAUGGACUUCAUGCCUUCAACAUCGAACCUGAUCAACAAGCCGGCAAGCGACGCCGAACGGAACACGAGGCACAAAGGUCGCAAUGACAGGAUCAAAUUUAACCCAAAACAGUUUCAAAAGAAUCAAAAACUACUGCAACAGCAAAAGGUGAACAAUGUCGGCCUGAAUCAAAACUCAAAGCCGAGAGACAAUUGGGAGGCGAAACCUUACAAUCGUAAGAAGCAAAACACAGAAGCGGAAUAUUUCUCACAUGAUGACGCCAAAGUUAUUUUGGACAAUAUAGAAGAAUCGUCACAGUUGGAGAACAAAGGACGUCAGAAUCAAAAGAAAACAAACUGGAGGAACAACGGUAAAAAACAGUGGCGGAACAAGCGUGCCGACAACGCCGUAUGCCAGAGGGAGAGGCUGAUUGAGCAGCUUGUGAGCGGGACGCUCGAGUGCCUCGUCUGCUGCGAGCGCGUCAGGCACCAGGAUUCUGUCUGGUCGUGCUCGAACUGUUACCACAUAUUCCACCUCUACUGCACUGUAAAAUGGGCUUCCAGCUCGAAAGAUGAUAACGGUUGGCGGUGCCCAGCGUGUCAAAAUAUAACAAAGUCUAUACCGUCUGAGUAUACGUGUAUGUGCGGAAAAGUGCAAAGCCCUGAAUUUAUACGCGGUGAGACGCCACACUGCUGCGGGCAGAUAUGUGGCAGGAAGAAGGACUGUCCGCACGGUUGUACGAUACUGUGCCACCCAGGCCCAUGCCCGCAGUGCUGCGCCAACAUCAAACGUUCCUGCGGUUGCGGCCGAACCAACAGAACCGUCCUGUGUUCUUCGACCGUUACGAUCGAGUGCGAAUCCGUAUGUGAGAAGACACUUAACUGCGGCGUCCACGCAUGUAACCAAAUAUGCCACCAGGGUAACUGCAGUCCCUGCGAUAAAAAAAUAGACCAAGAAUGCUACUGUGGGCAGAAUAAGAGGACUUCGGACUGUGACGGAUCAUUGAUACCACCCGAGAUUGGCGGCCCAACUCAGUACGAGUGCGGGUCUCGCUGUAUGCGCCGGCUGUCAUGCGGGUCACACGACUGCCCCUUACUCUGCCACCCGGGGCCUUGCCCGAAAUGCGACCUCGACCCUGAAGUACUCAGGCGAUGCCCGUGCGGCGGGAUGGAGAUACCAGAAGGGAGCAGGACCAAAUGCACUGACCCUGUACCGCUAUGUGGGAAGACUUGCAACAAAAUACUACAGUGUGGCCCCGAAGGUGAGCGUCACUGUUGUAAGAGCAGUUGUCACGAAGGCGACUGUCCACCUUGUGAGCAAGUCUCUAAAGUAAAAUGCCGAUGUGGCCACAUAGAAAAGAGCGUACCCUGCAUCGAGCUAUCUUCAAGCAUUCUAUGCCAGAAACGCUGUACUAAGAAACGGUCAUGUGGGAAGCACAAGUGCAAUCAGGUCUGUUGCGUAAGCGAGGAACACAUUUGCCCCCUUCCUUGCAACAAGAGCCUCAACUGCGGUCGGCACAAGUGCGAACGUCUCUGCCACCGUGGCCACUGUUCGCCAUGCCUCGCUGCCAGCUUUGAAGAGCUUCAUUGCGAAUGCGGUAAAUCAGUGAUACUCCCUCCAGUCCCUUGCGGCACUAGGCCGCCUGAGUGCAAUGAGCCUUGCACGAGGAGCCAUCCUUGCAACCAUGCGCCGUUGCACAACUGCCAUUCGUUCCCCGAGUGCCCGCCGUGUUCUGUACUCACGACAAAAUACUGUUUCGGUGCUCAUGAGAUGAGGAAAACGGUCCCAUGUCACUUGGGUGAGUAUUCGUGUGGACUGCCGUGUGGGAGGCCAUUGGCUUGUGGACAUAAGUGCAACCGAAGGUGCCACGAUGGAGCCUGCCUCGGACCCGAAGAUAUUUGCGUGCAGCCGUGCACGACAAUCAGGGAGGGCGGGUGCGACCACCCUUGCGCGAACCCGUGCCACCCUGAUAGGCCUUGUCCUACGAACACCCCGUGCCUGGCCAAGCUCAAGGUCACGUGUGAGUGCGGACGACGUUCUGUCAUCCGUACAUGCACAGAAAACCACUCCGAGUACCAGCGCAUCGCCACUUCCCUCUUGGCGAACAAGAUUGCCAAUGUACGCCUUGGCAAUACCGUCGAGGCCUCCGAUAUGUCGUCCAUUGCUAAAAAAAUGAGCCUUAAAACACUUGAGUGUAAUGAGGAGUGCCGGAAGUAUGAGCGGAACUUAAGGCUGGCGGUGAGCCUGCAGAUCGCAAAUCCGGACCUGAGCUCCAAGUUCAGCCCUCGUUACUCCGACUCGAUGAAGGCAUGGGCAAAGAAGGACUCACGCUUCUGCGAAAUGGUUCACGACAAGCUGACCCAGCUCGUGCAGCUUGCAAAACAGUCGAAGCAGAAGAGCCGCAGCUACUCGUUCCCGUCAAUGGGAGCUGUGAAACGGCAGUUCGUUCACGAAUACUGCGAGCACUUCGGCGUCGAGUCAGUCGCCUACGAUCCCGAGCCCAACCGCAACAUUGUCGCGACGGCUUACAAAGAAAAGUGUUGGAUGCCGAGUUAUUCCCUGAUGGAAGUCGUACAGCGUGAAUCAGGCCAUCGUAAAGUCCCAUCCCUACUUCCCUCACUCAAGAAAGAUGUACCCACCAAGGAGACAACUCGAUUGGUGCCUGUUAAGAAAGUGCAGCUUCAACCGCAUGUUCUGGCGAAACACGAGCCUGACCUCGGCGACAGCCCUUAAGACCAGCCAGCAUCCCCAUCAAGAAAAAUGUUGUCGACGAUUUAUCCCCCCCCCCAAGCGAAUUAUAUUGUUAAGAUUAUUUUUGUCGGUUUUUUUCUUUCUUUUGAAUCGAUUGUUGUUAUGUCAAUUUUGGCUCACGAACGAGCUUGCAGAGGGUGUACUGCUUGAUCAAUACGACAAGGCCCUGGACGAUACGGCCGGUUUCGCGAUUACCGAUCGAGUCAGAGCGGUUUCACAAUUUUCUUUCAUGUCUUCUUCACUGAUUCACCAGGAUUUAAAAAAUAAACAAUCAAUUAUUUGAA